GAGGCAGGGCUGGGUGGGGGUCCUGAGUAUCAACAGGACAAGGACGGAGCUGCAGCAGGGCUGAGUGCACCCUGCAGGGGAAACUGAGGCAUUAGGACUUGGGGGGGGGAUCCUGGUGCCCCCCUCCAGCAGCACGGCCACCGCCGGGGGAUCCCAUCACCAAAGGAGAUGAUGGCUGAGCUCACCCCCCCCAGCAAUAAGAAGGGACCACGGGAUGAUGCUGUCGGGCAGCACUUGAAGUCGUGGCUGGGACUGCUGUGGGUGCUGGGGGGGCUGCAGCUGCUGUGCGGGGGGGCGGCCUUUAUCUGUGUGUGUGCUGCCAUCCCAUGGGGUUACAGCGCUUACAGCACUGAGCUGCUCCCUGGGGGGGGGCUGGGGGUCCCGCUGACCCCCUUUGUGCUGGCAGUGCUCGGCCUGGCCUGGCUGCUCACUGCCCUCCUGCUGGGGGUCACCACCCGCUACCAUCACAUCCUCUUGGGGGUCACCUGGUGGCCCCCCACCGAAGCAGGGCUCUAUGUGCUGCUCUUCCUGCUCUGCCUGGCUGCGGCGGGGGCCCACGUUCACACUGUCACCCUGGGGGGGCUCUGCUCCUCCCCGCUGCCUGGCAGCCCCCUCCUCACCGAGCUCUGCCGUGUGGAUGGGGCUCAGGCGGCCGCUCUCCUCUUCCUCUUCCUCACUGCUCUGCUCUACCUGGCCGGCAGUGCCGUGGCUCUCAAGGUUUGGUACCAGGGGGCUGCAGCGAUUCCUUGUAGCCCUAUGGACAACCUGCAGCCCACGGGGGCUUUGAGCCCCCCAGUUUCCAUCCUGAAGCCUCCGCUGGUCCGAGCCAAACGUGUAAUCUUCGAGGAUGAGGUGGGGGUGGCAGGGAGACCCCUAUGGGGGGCUGGAGUCACCACCAGCAAAGAGAGCAAGUGUUCAGGCUCGGUGCCCCCCCAGCCUGAUUACAUGAUGCGGUACCCGGCGAUCCGGAGCUCCCGGCAGCGGCAGCAAUACGGGGCGGUGUUCGUCGAUCAACACGCCGAGUAUCGGGAGCUGCGGGGCCGACUGAAGGCGGAGCGGUGGGGGGAGGAUGAUGAUGCUGUGGGCAAGGAUUUGGCCUUCGUGGCAAAGCAGCAGCGCUGCCUCUACCUGAAGGAGAAGCUGACACAUAUUAAGGCACAGAUCCAGGAGUAUGACCGCAACAGUGACCGCAGCAGCACCGUCCUCUUCUGAGCGGGGCACGAUGGAUGGAGACCCCCCCCCCAGAAAAAAAAGCCCUGUGGACACUGUGGGGCUCAGUACUGGGGGUGACAGCACUAUGGGCACCCACUGCCUGCUGUAUUGCAACCACUGUGGCAAAGGGAGCAAAUCUGGGGGUCUCUAGUGGCUCUGCACCCCCCCCCCAGCACAAAGCAGGUGCAGCCAAAGAGGGAUUGGGGCACUUUAUAAUAAAAUCCCAUGAUGUUUC